AUGGAGGAUGUCAAUGGAAAUCAGCAUAUUCGUCGUCUUCCAAUCGGGUACCCUUCUGAGAGUCUUCAAUCACUGUAUCUUCCUUUGCCUGAGAUUAAUCAUAGUGGUCGAUAUCCACGAGGUGUUAUUUCCCCAUCUACUAUUGACCCACAAUCUCUUGUUUCUUCGUUCUCUGGCCUUAAUCUGAGUUCGUCGAAUCAUCAUCAGCGCCAGCCGCAUGUUAUUCCGGGCUGGAAAGGUAGCAAUUUCGGCGGCACUGCUGUUGUGGGUUCUUCUACUGUUGCAGAGGAGGUUCGUGGGGUUCCUCCUUUUCCAACUAUGGAGAGAUCAGCUGGACAUUAUUCCAAUUCCAUGAGAGGUUUUGGAGGGACCCACAUGAAUCAACCCUUCAUUGGGGCAGAUAAUUAUCAGGUUUAUCAGGGGGAUCGGAAUUCUUGGGUGACGAGCCAGUUUCAGAAUGCAGGAAACGGCGUGAAUCCUCAGUAUGAAUUUGGGCAAAAUGAUGUCUUGUCUCCUUUCUUUGUUCCCAAGAAACAAUGGGGAAAUCAAUUCAAACCAUGUUCAUCAACUGUGCCUUGUCCUAGCAGAAUCACAUGUUUGUCUGAUUUUGAUGGGUCAGAUGUUGGGUUAGUGUUUAAUGGAAUGCAGAGAGUUGUAAGGCCUAAUCCUUCUUAUGGUCAGCAAUUGAAUUUGUCUUUAAUGGAUCUACGAGGGAAGAUACUGUCUAUUGCAAAAGAUCAAUCUCUUAGUAGAAUACUGCAAGAUAAGCUUGAGUCUCCUACUCAAGAAGAGAUUGAGAUGGUAAUCUCAGAGGUUAUUGAUCAUAUGACUGAUUUAAUGACAGAUCAAUACGGGAAUUAUAUCUUUCAGAAACUAGUCAAAGUAUGCAAUGUGAAUGAUAGAACCAGAAUCAUUGGCACAUUGUCCAGGCCCAGAUUUCAGCUUGUUCUAAUCUGUAGAAACCUACUUGGGUCUAGGUCUGCUCAGAAAUUGUUAGAGUUCAUUAGUACUCCUGAACAGAUUUCCAUGAUAAUGUCUGCUUUGGUUCCUGGAGUUCUAGAAUUGGCCACUGACCAACAUGGUUACCAUGUACUCCAACAAUGCUUGAAAAGUUUCUCUGACAAUGAUAAUCAGGUAAACUUGUGUUUUCUUCUAUUAUAUGAUUUGAUUAUUAAAAUAGGUUUGCUUAACUUGUUCAAUGAUUAUAGUGUAAUCCACUCAACUUCAAACCAACUGCAGUCAAAUGGGACAAAAAUCGUUGAAUCUCAAGUUUCCUGCACUCUCCUUGUGAUGGCAAUUGCUGAAAGGUGCUUUCAAAUUGCAACCAACAGAUGUGGCUGUGUUGUUCUACAUACAUGUGUAGAUGAAUGUAGUGGAGAACUCAAAUAUCUUAUUAUUUCCGAGAUUAUAGCGAAUGCCUCACAUCUUUCCGAGGAUCCUUUUGGCAACUAUGUGGUGCAACGUUUACUGGAUCUUAAGAUACCAAAAGUAACAGGCGAUAUUCUUAGGCAGCUGGCAGGAAACUUCUUUUUCUUCUCUCGAAACAAGUUUGCAAGUAAUGUUGUUGAGAAAUGUUUGGUUGAAGCAGAACCAGCUCAAUCAGAACAAAUCAUCAUGGAGUUGAUUAGAAAUCCUAACAUAUCUAUGCUUCUGGUUGAUCCCUAUGGAAAUUUUGUUAUUCAGUCUGCGUUUUCUGUGUCUCAGGGUCGUGUGAGGACUAAUAUGAUUGAUAUGUUCCAAGCAAAUGCUCCAAUCUUGCGCAGCAAUCUGUAUGGGAAGAACAUUCUUCAAAUGUUGGAAAAGAAGAAAGUUCGAGGGUUAUCACAAUCAUCAUUCUCUAGUUUCUAUUAG